AUGUCCAAGCUAACUCUGGACGGCUUUUUUUUCGUACUGCAAACAAAUAGCAGAACACAUCCAGGCGACAGAAUGGCAUCUCUAUCCGGCAUGGGCACACCAAAACUCACUUCAGGCGUUGGCAACCUGUAUUAUGACUCGAUCCUUCCGUAUCGCGAAGACGCCAGCCCACAGACACGAGAGUUCUUAGCGCGAGUGGUGGACGUACUUCUCGAUUACAUACAGCAAGUUAAUGACAGGAACGAAAAGAUCCUGGAAUUCAAAAUGCCGGAGGAGAUGCAAAAGAUGGUGGAUCUGCAACUGCCGGAAAAUCCACUGCCUCUCAAGCAACUGCUGGAAGACUGCAAGAUCACCCUGAAGCAUCAAGUCAAAACUGGACACCCACACUUCUUCAACCAGCUGUCAUGUGGCCUGGACAUUAUCUCCCUCGCUGGAGAGUGGCUGACGGCCGCCGCCAAUACCAACAUGUUCACUUACGAGAUUGCACCUAUUUUCAUUCUAAUGGAAAACGUGGUCCUCGAGAAAAUGAGGACCAUGAUCGGCUGGAAGUCCGGCGACUCUAUUCUCGCUCCAGGUGGCUCCGUGUCCAACCUGUACGCAUUUUUAGCGGCCCGUCACCACAAGUUUCCUCAAUACAAAGAGAAGGGACUGUCCAGCAUUCCCGGACAAUUAGUCAUGUUUACUAGCGAUCAGUGCCACUACUCGGUGAAGUCCUGUGCGUCUGUGGGCGGUUUAGGCACGGACUUCUGCAUCUGCGUUCCGUCCGACGAACACGGCCGCAUGAUAGCGUCUGAACUUGAAAGACUUGUGAGAAAACAUCGCGAUCAAGGACAUGUGCCAUUCUUCGUGAACGCGACCUCCGGCACCACAGUGCUGGGUGCCUUCGACCCCCUCACAGACAUCGCUGAUAUCUGCCAGAAAUACGACAUGUGGAUGCACGUUGAUGCGGCCUGGGGUGGUGGUCUUCUCUUCUCCAAAAAGUAUCGGCAUCCACGACUUACUGGCAUCGAAAGGUAA